AUGGCCACCAUCGGUACCUACAACGAGGAGGGCGUGAAUGUGGAUCUCUACAUUCCCCGCAAGUGCCACGCGACCAACACGCUGAUCGCCAGCAAUGACUACAGCUCCGUGCAGAUCGCCAUUGCGAACGUGGACGCGGAGGGCGUGACGGAUGGCACCACGACCACCUUCUGCAUCUCCGGCUUCAUCCGCUCCCAGGGCAUCGCGGACCACGCGAUCAACCACCUCGCGAUUGACCGUGGCAUCAUCCGCAUCAAGUCCGCGAAGCCGAAGACACACAAGAAGAAGAAGGUCGCCGCUGGCAAGAAGGGUGUGAAGGGCGCUGCCCCCGCUGCUGCUGGCAAGAAGGGCGCGAAGGGCGCGAAGCCUGUCGCUGCCCCCGCCGUGAAGCCGAAACAGGGCGCCAAGGCCGCCAAGCCCACCGCGCAGAAGGGCGCGAAGCCCCAGGGCAAGAAGGCCCAGGCUCCCCGCAGGAACUAA